AUGCGCCGCGUUACUAGUGGCAAUGUCGUGUACCGCAGAUACAGCGCGGCGGCGGCGGCGGUUUUUCUGCGUGGGUAUCACAUGCCCGGGUGGAAGACAAGUGUAAGCACCAAGGAUGCGCGGACGCGGGAGCAGCGGGAGGCGGAUCGAAAGACGCGGCAGAUUGAAAAACUCCCACGGCCGCAGGCGCUGCAUGACUUCCAGUAUCCUUACGAAAAGACUAUUCUGAGCGACUCGAUGUUUCAGUACCCUGUGUACGAGAACGAGCUGGACACCCCGCACCUCUUCAACAUUGUCCCACCCCCAGAUUUCUUUAUUUACUGGAAUGUGGCCGAUUUUGAGCGGACGUCGUACCCACCGCUUCCGGAGGAAGACCAUCGAGUGCUGCUCCCACGCGCGGACUCGUCGGCGUGGAAGACUCAUCGUCAGCGCUCACUAAGGUAUCUCCGCAAACACGAGAUUUUGCCACACUAUCUACCACACGUGCGGCAAGACGUGAAUCUAUCGGUUGUAUUUCCAGGGAUGUACGCCACACGGGCUCGCCGGUGCGAAGAGACGGGCGAGGCGCUGCCGCCACCUCCACCUGUUACCGAAUUGACUCAUCGCAAUUUUUGGAUGACCGCCCACUGUGGGAAUUACAUAGAGCUUACCGACCUACAACAUCCGCCUUCUAUUUUUUUCUUUGAGGAAGACGAGGGUGAGGCAAAGGAGGCUGCCACUAGUGUUGAAUUCUAUACACUUGUGAUAGCUUCCCCGGACUUUCCGUAUCGCGUUCCCGCCGAGGUUGAUGGGAGAAGGGAAAAAGGCUUCUUUCUUAAUUACAUGGUGGUCAAUCUUCCAGGUGGUGGCAAUGCCCCACAUGCACCCGUGGCAAGUGGGAUUGUGGUGAAUACACGAGGCGCUGAUAAAAAGGGCGAUGUUGCCUUGCCAUACGUCCCUCCACUGCCAACGGAGGAUGCAGGGACCACUAGGCAUCUAUGCAUGCUCUUCAAACAAUCUGGUUACGCGAGUGACAUAACGACUAUAACGGAUGACACGGAGGAGAGCUUUGCAGCUCGUAGUGAUUUCCGUCUCCAUGCGCCUCAUCGAGAAGGGUUUUCAGUAUCGUCUGUAGCAACUCUUCGUGAGGUGGAUGCGGUGCUUCCCUCUGACCCAUGUGCUGUCACUUUUUUUCAAACAAAGUGGGACAUUCAAGUGCAGGAGUUUUACGAGGCGCGCGGAAUUCCUGAACCGGCUGCUCCACCUGAUGAGGAGAUAGAUGCCAUACUUGCGUAUCAUGCAAAGAAGCCGUCUGAACUGCGCGUUCGUGCCCGACAUCGUCCGGACGGCGCCACAAAUAUGGGGGAUGAUCCCAAUUUCUGGGGACAGUCCGAGCCAACCAUGAUGGCAUCUGGUUCCAUGCAAUCUCUUUGGUCUAGGCGAACCGCAAUCGGGAAAAACGGUGUACCUGUAACAUACCGGCGCUGA